AAAUCCAAAUCUUGAAUUUGUUGCUUCUCCAGCUCUUGCACCACCGGAAGUUGAACUUGAUCAAGCUCUAGUAGAACAAUAUAAUAAGGAAUUACAAGUUGCUUCAGCUCAACCUCUUCCCGAGGAGGAAGAUGACCUCUAA